AUGGAAUGGCAAACAAAUCCUAUUCUUUCUGUGAGCAAGCAACCCAAGACUCCACCGGAAUCAAACAAUACGGCUCGGGUACCAAAGUGCACACGGUGUCGAAACCAUGGAGUUGUCUCCUUCCUCAAAGGUCAUAAAAGAACUUGUCUCUGGAAAAACUGCCGAUGUCCAGCAUGUCUCCUUGUCGUUGAACGGCAGAGGAUUAUGGCAGCACAAGUUGCUCUACGCAGGCAGCAAUCAGGACAGCGGGGUACAGGAAAAACGUAUGAAGAAACGGACGAAUACAUUCAAAUCCACGGGACAGUGGGAACAUUUAAGGAGAAAGGUGCCAAAGGCUCAGAAGAUCAUUUAUUCACAGACCGAAAGCUAAUGUCGACGAAUGGUAUUGUCGCACAACUCGGACAAAGAACGAGCACUAGCUGUGUACACCAACGAUCAUGCGAAUCGAACUGCACUUCCAAAAUAACCACGACAGUCAGGACGCGACAGUGGGGCGGUUCGCUCUACAGGGAUGCAAAUAAAAGCCAGCGCCAGAAGCUUCACAUCCAAGUGGAACAAACAAACGUGAAGCCGGAGUUGUGUCCACCCUCCUAUGGGUUAAUUCCAGCUAUUGCAGCGGACCAACACCUACCAGAUCGAGGUCUUCAUGACACUGCAGAGGUGACGAACUGUACACCUGUACUUACAAACACCGUUCCAAAACAAAAAAUGGCUCCGUGGUCAGAUGAUCUACGCCCAUUACAAACUGCAAUCAGAACGAAGUUUUCGGCGGUUCAUUCAACCGCAAUAACUAUUGCGUACGACACCGAGUUCAAGUGUAUUUCCAGCACUUCAUCCGAUAAUGUUAAAGCUGCUGAAUACCAUCGUGAAAACCAAAAGCUAAACUGCAUAGUAAACCAAGAAGACAGAAGCAUUUCAGUGCGAAACUUCCUUGACGGUAGUGUGCGUUCGGAUUGCAUCGAUGGAGUAGGAAUUUUGAACCAACAGGGAGACGCUAAACCACGUACGGAGAAGGACGCGAAAGCCUUUUACGUCGCACAAAUAUUGAAUGAGUACGUAAACCCUGAUUAA